UACGGCGUUGGAGGGCGGGGUCGGCCGUCAGCUGACCGUGGCGGCGGUGGCCUCCCGGGGAGAUCUUCUGGCGUCGCAACUCCGGAGUCGAGGGAGAGUCGCCUGCGCUUCCGCGCUCGGCGGGCAAGGCGCGGGCGGGCAGCACCAUGGCUACCACCGUCAGCACGCAGCGCGGGCCGGUUUACGUGGGCGAGCUCCCGCAGGACUUCCUCCGCAUCACACCCACCCAGCAGCAGCAGCAGGUACAGCUGGACGCGCAGGCCGCCCGGCAGCUGCAGUACGGCGGCACGGUGGGCGCAGUUGGCCGCCUCAGCAUCACCGUGGUGCAGGCCAAGCUGGCAAAGAACUAUGGCAUGACCCGCAUGGACCCCUACUGCCGGCUGCGGCUGGGCUACGCCGUGUACGAGACACCCACGGCCCACAAUGGUGCCAAGAACCCGCGCUGGAAUAAAGUCAUCCAGUGCACGGUGCCCCCAGGCGUGGACUCCUUCUACCUGGAGAUCUUUGAUGAGCGAGCCUUCUCCAUGGACGAUCGCAUCGCCUGGACGCAUGUCACCAUCCCCGAGUCCCUGAAGCAGGGCAAGGUGGAGGACGAGUGGUACAGCCUGAGUGGGCGGCAGGGUGACGACAAGGAGGGCAUGAUCAACCUGGUCAUGUCCUACACGUCGCUGCCAGCCGCUAUGGUCAUGCCACCUCAGCCCGUGGUCCUGAUGCCCACCGUGUACCAGCAAGGUGUCGGCUAUGUGCCCAUCACAGGAAUGCCCGCCGUCUGCAGCCCUGGCAUGGUGCCCGUGGCCCUGCCUCCGGCCGCUGCGAGCACCCAGCCCCACUGUAACGAGGAAGACCUGAAAGCCAUCCAGGACAUGUUCCCCAACAUGGACCGGGAGGUGAUCCGCUCCGUGCUGGAAGCCCAGAGAGGGAACAAGGAUGCCGCCAUCAACUCCCUCCUCCAGAUGGGCGAGGAGUCCUAGGCCCCGCCCCCACUGCCGCGCCGGCCCCGCCCUUUGGACUUGCAGCCCAGAGCCCCAGUGCGCGGUCCCUGCACAUCCCACAGAGGAGCUCGCAUAGCCUUCCCCGCCGUCCAUAGCCUGUCCCCGCCCUGUCUGGACGCAUGUCGGUUUGAUUCCUGGCGGCCGUGUACACCGGCAGCUAGGUGUGGGGGUGGCGGCUUUCCCCCGGCUUUGGUAAGAAAGAGCAGGCAUGUGGGCCGUGCCUCUAUACACUCACUUCCCCACCGCCUUGGUACACGUCUGCGGGCACCCCACACCCCAGGAGGCUGUAGGAGCAGCCUCCCUCCGCCAGGGCCUCAGGAAGUGUCGGCGGCCUCCGGUGUCAUUAAUGGCACAUGGUUACUAUGCUUAACGGGGUCGACCAGUCAUUUAAAGGCACACAGGAUCUCUUAGCAUCUGAUUGGGGUUAUUUUUAGAGCUUCCUAAAAACUGAGAAUGCAUGUCCUCCACUCCAUGAUCCUUGCAGAACUGGGCACCCCCGGCGUCCGGGCAGGUGGGCAGAGCUGACGCCUCGUGUUGCUAGGCCUUAGCAGGAUCUCAGCAUGGACGCAGAGCAAACCCGAGCACCAGGUGGACGGAGCCUGCCGCCUGCCAUCCCUGAGCAGGGCUGUCCUCCUCUCCUGGGUGGGACCCUUCAUCUUCCCAGCCGUGUCUAACCAGCUUGGUGAUGGGGUGACAGUUGAUGGGUUGUUUGCCUCAACUUUGUCUACUCUUGCAACAGAACUUAAACGGGCAUGAAAAGUAGUGGGCAUGGUCCUGUGUAUUUGUUUAUUAAAGGGUAUUAGGAACUGUUGGCUCACUACUGAUGUUAGUUCAUGGAAGGCUGGGCACCAGUCCUGUGGAUGGUAAAGUAGCAGUCAGGUGACUCCACAUUCAAGUCCUCCUGAGAGGCUAGAGGACAUGUGCUGCGUUGUGGACUGCACACCGGCCAUGGCUCUGGCCACAGAUGCACAGGACGGGACAGUGGGUGACCCGUAGUGAAAAUCAGGAGUUUGGGAAGUUUCUCCAAAGAUGCACUUCAAACGCGUGUGCGUAGAAACCCUGCCACGUGCCUGCGGGCUGACAGUUUUGAGUCGCCAUCACUGUUGUUUCUUCUGGGUGCUUGCCCAGCCUUCGGGUGUGCAGUCUUCCCAGUGCGGACACAGAGCUAGGGCCUGACAUUUUGGAUGUCUGCGCAGGCUGAGUGGUGAGGCGAGGACUUCAGUGUCAGGCUUCUCCGCACACAGAGGUGGUUCAGCUUCGGCUGGAAGACGCUGCUUGUGCCGCCCUGGGGGUGUGGUUGUGGGCAGGCGUGCUCGCGGGUUUGCCCUGGGAAGCCUGGAGAGGGUGUGGUGGGCUGGUGGUGGCAGCAGGCGAGGGCAGGAGCCGUGGCACUGGCUGGGGUCUGUGCCCCUUGCUUGAGCACGGUGAGCCCACUUUCCCGCAGGUCACUCACUCGUGCUGCAGACGGUGGGAUCUGUGCCAGGCCAGGGCUGACCGUGCGGUGGUGACCGUAUCCUGCAGCCCGGCGGUCCCGGAGCUGCUUUUUGCCUUACCGCCGCUGAGGCGCCUGGCGGGGCUGUGUUGGCAGCAGAGCGGUAGUUUAAGAUGACUCUAGACUUGCCGCACCCCUUACUUUCCUUUUCACGAGCACUGUAUUUUCUUAAUAGAUUGAAGAAAGACCAUGCAUUUAAUUGCCAGUUGGGUAGACUCCUCCCUCUCCUCUCCUGUUGCCCUCCGAUGCACUCGGGAGAGGCUGGGGCUGCCGAGGGCAGAGGUGGCGUCCCGGUGCGCCAGGCCUCUGAGGGUCGUCCGCACAGCCGCCCGCGUCUCCCGUGCGCAGGGCAGAGGCACACUCUGGCCUUGUUGGCGAGGAGAAAGGCUUUUGGGGCUGGUUCUUCCUCUUUUCCCUCCACACCUUCCUCCCAAAGGUCUGUGCCGCCUUUACAAACCCCCUGAGAUGAGGUCUGCUCGGCCAGGUGUCGGUGGAGAGGAUUCUCAGCUUUGUUCCUGAUUAUUCUGGUGGGGGUCCAGAGUCCACAUUUUUCUUUGAUUGUGAAAUAUAUUUUUACUUUUUAGCCUUCUAACUUAAUAAAUGAUCCAUAUAAAAGUAGACGAUUAAAAUUCUCCAAGGAAAGUUUA